AUGGAGAACCCGCUGCCCGCGGCGGAGGAACUGGAGCGCCGGCGGCCGCACGACGCCUCGCUCAACGAGUCCUACGCCAACCAGUUCGUGCAGCCGCCGUGGCAGGUGGCCCUGUGGGCCAUCGCCUACGCCCUCAUCGUGGCCGUCUCCGUGGUGGGCAACGUGGUGGUGAUGUGGAUUAUCCUGGCGCACAAGCGCAUGCGCACCGUCACCAACUAUUUCCUGGUGAACCUGGCCUUCGCCGAAGCCUCCAUGGCCGCCUUCAACACGGUGGUGAACUUCACCUACGCCGUCCACAACGAGUGGUACUACGGGCUGCUCUACUGCAAGUUCCACAACUUCUUCCCCAUCGCCGCCGUCUUCGCCAGCAUCUACUCCAUGACGGCCAUCGCCCUGGACAGGUACAUGGCCAUCAUCCACCCGCUGCAGCCCCGGCUCUCGGCCGCCGCCACCAAGGUCGUCAUCGGCGUCAUCUGGCUCCUGGCUUUCCUGCUCGCCUUCCCCCAGGGUUACUACUCGGUGACGGAGGAGCUGCCGGGCCGGCUGGUGUGUCUGGUGGAGUGGCCGGAGCACGACACCAACGCCUACGGGAAAACGUAUCACUUCUGCAUGACCGUUCUGAUCUACUUCCUGCCGCUCCUGGUGAUCGGAUGCGCCUACACCGUGGUCGGCAUCACCCUCUGGGCGAGCGAGAUACCUGGCGACUCCUCCGACCGCUACCACGAGCAAGUGUCAGCCAAGAGGAAGGUGGUGAAGAUGAUGAUCAUCGUGGUGUGCACGUUUGCGCUCUGCUGGCUGCCCUACCACAUCUACUUCACUCUACAGUACUUCAACCCUGAGUGGUACCUGCAGAAGUUCAUCCAGCAGGUCUAUUUGGCUAUCAUGUGGCUGGCCAUGAGCUCCACCAUGUACAACCCCAUCAUCUACUGCUGCCUCAAUGAUAGGUUUCGCGUGGGCUUCAAGCACGCGUUUCGGUGGUGCCCCUUCGUCAGCGCUGGCGAGUAUGAGGGCCUGGAAAUGAAGUCGGCCAGGUACCUGCAGACGCAGAGCAGCACCUACAAGGUGAGCAGGGUGGAGACCACCGUGUCCUCGGCGGUCGGCGCGACCGAUGACGAGCUUGACGACGGCGGCAAGGCCAAGCGCCUCUCCAUGGACAUGACCUCCGACGGCUCCUCCCGCAGCGACUCCAAAACCGUCUCCGAAAGCUUCAGCUUCUACUCGAACACGCUCACCUAAGCGGUCCGCGGCGCCUCUCGCUCGCAGCGCCAUCGCCCCGGCUCACGUCUCCAUGCCGUUUCCCCAUCUCUCACUGCAUCGACCGUGGCAGGGCAGCCUGAGAGCCAGAAAAGAAAAAAAUCCACUUUGGAUUAAUUUUGGCGCGCUUCCAGUGGAUCCUCUUCGAAAGCAAGGGAGGUUUUGCUAGCCAAGCUUUUUCAUCUUCCCCAUCGCUCCUGGCUGCAUAUCUACCUGGGCAUUAAUCAGUGGGAAAAAAAAAUCCUUCACAAAUUUGGGGGGGGGAGCACAAUGUUUUCUGCAAAAUUUCUGGGGGACCACAGAAGCCGGGGACAGGGUUUCGGAUGCGACCCGGAUUUUGCUUGCUGUCUAGCGGUUGCACGUGCCAAAAAAACCCCAAUCUCAGUUGUUUCCUAAAAGGCCCAAAGCGAUGGAUCUUGCGUACGUUUUGGAAGCCUGCGGAGGUCUGGAGGAGAAGGGACUGUACCGAAAUACGUGUUUUCAUGACCCCAGAAACAGCGGUGCAGCAGUUCUCCGCCAGAAAGCCGAGUUUUGCCAACGUGAAACGCUCGAUGGGUUACAGGAGUCUUGCAGAAGGUUUUACUCGGCGUGCCAAAAGAAGAAGUGCUUCUGCUUGCUGGGUUUUGUUUUCAGAAGACUUUCUCUCUUUUCAUCCCCUUGGCUUAAAACCUUAAGUUUA